GGGAGAGGAGGGCGCCUCGGCUCUCCUCUUCUCUCCCCCCUCCCCCGCGCCAUGUAACCCCGCCCCGCGGGCGGCGAGCGCGAGACCCCCGCACGCGGCGAGCCGGCCGCCGGCGAGAGCGAGGCCCGAUGCGGCCGGGGCUGCGCGGCGCGGCCGAGCCCUGAGGCGGCGGCCCGCGCCCUCGCGUCCCCCGGCGCCUCGAGCGGCCGCUCCGCGCCGUCCCGCCCGGGCCUGCCGGGCAGGCACGAGCGAGUCCGAGCCUGCCGGGGCGAUGGGGCCGGCCGGGGAGGAGGAGCGGCCGCCGCCGCCGCCGGCAGCCGAGGACGGGGACGACGACGACGACGACGAGGUGGCGGCGACGCCGGGGCCGGCCCGCGGGCGCGGCAGCCCGGCGCGGGAGGAAGCCGGCAGCCCGGAGGCGGCGGCGGCGGCGGCGAGGGGGCUCGGGGGCGGCGGCUGCCCGGAGCAGGAGCGGACCUACGAGCUGCAGCAGGGCUACCGCAUCCUGGGCGAGUUCCUGCAGGAGAAGCACCGGGGCCUCACCGCCCCCUUCCUGCAGCCCUCGGGGGGCGGCGCCCCCGGGGGGGAGGAGGAGGCCGCCGAGGGGCCGCGCGGCGGCGCCCGGGGCGCCCGAGCCCUCCCGCAGCCGGGCGGCCGGGACGUGUGUCUGCUGAAGAUGGAGGAGAAGUUCGCCCGCGGCCAGUACGGGAGCAUCACCGAGUUCGUGGCGGACUUCAGGUCGAUGCUGGAGGCGUGUUACCGCACGCACGGCGUGGACCACUGGGUCUCCAAGCAGGGCCAGAAGCUGGAGAUGAUGCUGGAGCAGAAGUUGGCGCUCUUGUCCCGGCACUUGAGAGAAAAGACAACGAUAGCAGUUACAUCUAGAGGCUAUUAUGGAUUGGAGGAUGAAAAGGGAACUGCAUGUACUUCAACAAGGCGCCGGUCAACAUCACGAAGUUUGGCAGGCUUGACAAGUGGAGUUUUUGAAUCUAUAAUGGUUCAAGUUUUGAGACAGGAAGAGCAGCUGAGAGCAAAAGAAGAAAAAAGGCUUCGGGAGCAAGAAAGAAAAGAAGCAGAAGAAGCUAGUCAAAAGGAAAUAGAGGAAUGGGAAAGAAAACUUCUAGCUCAAGCAUUGCCAACUUGUAUGGAGACCAUGUGGGAAAUUCCAGCAAUCGGACAUUUCCUUUGUUUAGCCCAACAAAUUCUAAAUUUGCCAGAAAUAGUCUUUUAUGAAUUGGAACGUUGUCUUCUGAUGCCUCAGUGCAAUGCUUUUCUAUCCAAAAUAAUGACUUCUCUAUUAAGUCCUCCUCAUCGAAGACCUACCUUACAUCGAAGACCUACUUUGCCUUAUAGGACCUGGGAAGCAGCACUGAGACAGAAAGUACAGCAGUGGUACACUGCUGUAGGGCAGACAGAAAAUCCUGAUAACUGUGCUGAAAAACUUGGGUUGUGUCCUCAGUUUUUUAAAGUUCUUGGAGAAGUUAAUCCCUUGGAAGAAAAACCUUUUCACGAACUACCUUUCUACCAAAAAGUGUGGCUACUUAAGGGUCUUUGUGAUUUUGUGUAUGAAACACAGAAAGAAGUUCAAGAUGCUGUACUUGGACAGCCUAUUCAUGAAUGCAGGGAAGUUAUCCUUGGCUAUGAUUAUUUGGAGAAUGCUUAUGUCCAUUUCCCACAGUUCUGUGGUGCCGAUGUACGGAUUUAUAAACAACGACCUUUUCAGGCCCCAGAAUUUCCAGUUCCACCAAUAAAGAUACAAAGAGUACCUCGAAUUAAACUGGAGAAAUUGAAGUGUGACUAUGUUAGUACUAGUAAUGGAGAACACAGGUGUACUGGAGAAGGUCUGCCCUCUGCCUACCAAAAAGAGCAAGGAAUUAAUUUUGAUUCAACUUGCUGCCCUGCUAAAAUGAGCUUGGAUAAUCAUGAUCUCUCUGUUGAAAUGGAAGUAAAAUCCAACUGUGAAAUAAGAAUUCGUAGGCUCUGCGAACUUAAAAAAAGUGAUUGUUUUAAAGAAAAUUUAGAGAAACCAGGGAGUCCAGGGGAAGUUACUGGCUUUGGAGAGCCCCUCAGUCCAGGUGAAAUAAGGUUUAUAGAAAAUCAGGAAAAAUAUGGCGAAGCUUCCAGAGUAAAGCCUGAACCCAGUCCAUUGAAAGAAAAUGCUCUAAAAUCUUGCCAGAUUCAUGUAAAUGGAAGUCACAGUGACCAUCCAGAAAUUAACUGCCACAAAGUUGUGAGGGAUUUUUUAUUAGAGCAGUCACUACAGAGCCACAAGAAAUUCAAACUAACUAAAAUGAGAGCAAAAAAGAAGAAAAAGAAAAAAAAGAAACUGAAAGAUGUUCUGAAUGAAAAUUUACAGAGAAAGCGUGAAGGUCUUCAUUCUCUUGCAUUCAAGUCUUAUAAACCUGAGAUCCAGAAUAAGUUAUUGAUCAUCAAAAAGAAAGCAAAACACAAGAAGCACAAAUCUGGGAAAAAAUCCAUAUCUAAAAAAGCAAUCACAAAGAAGAGGAAAACUGUCACAAAGUCACCUACUGUACCAGAAUUUCAGCUUAUUUGCACUAAUCUUGAUGAACUCAGGGAAUUAAUCACAAAAAUCGAGAAUGAACUCAAAGAUCUGGAAAACAGUAGAAAAAAAUCGGGCAAAUGGUAUCAUCGGAGACAAGCUGUAAAAGAGUUGCACAGUACAUUGAUUCGUCUCUUAAAUGAAUUGCUGCCAUGGGAACCAAAAUUAAUGAAAGCUUUUCAAAGAAACAGGAGUCGGCUAAAGAAAGAUUAUGAUGAUUUCAGGAGACAACCUGAUCAUGAUAAAUUUACUAGAGAACUGUGGACUGCUGAAGAAAGUGAAGGGGAUCCUGGAAAAGAAUCUCCUAAAGUAGAAAUCAGUAAGUCUGCUGAUUCAGCGGAACUUCUAGAUAUCCUGGAGAAGGAUCACUUUGACUCAGAUGAUAUGAAAUUGUCAGAAGUAGAUUUUCCUGUGGUCAGAAGCAAGUUGUUGAAAAAGGAAUUGCCUUCUAAAGAUGUAUCAAAGACACUGCCUAAAACACUUAAAAGACAGUCAAAACAAACUCUUCAUCUGGAUGAUAGCACAAAAGAGCUUUCACCGAGGAAGAAAGCAAAGUUAAGCACAAAUGAAACAACAGUUGAGAAUGUAGAAGGCGAUAUGCAGAUUGACUGUUCGAAUGAAUCAAAGCGUACAGAGCCACUGUCUCCAGAAUCCUUUGCCUCACCGGAUUCAACACCAGUGUCUACUCUUCAGAAAGGGACCAAACCUAUUCAGGCCUUGCUUGCAAAGAACACUGGGAACAAAGUGACCUUAACAAAUCAACUGCCCCCUUCCACAGGUAGAAAUGCCCCUGCUGUGGAAAAGCCAGUUACAUCUCCUCUGGAAACAAGCCCUAUAAAGCCAGCAUUGACCUGCCAUGCCAGUACAAAAGGGCCUUUACAGAUGGUAUACAAAACUCCCUGUGGCCAGUGGUUGCCCAUAGAUCUUCAUAAUAGUUCUGUAAAGAUUCAGAUGCAGCCUGUGCUGGAUCCGAAAACGGGAGAAAAAGUGAUGCAGCAGGUUCUAAUUCUGCCUAAGAAUUUUGUGAUUCAGCACAAAGAAGGGAAAGCAGCUACAAAAGAAAUACCAUUAGUUCAACAAAAAGGUUCAGAACAACAUUGUUCAUCUUUCCCACAAACAGCAAAUGCGCAUUCUUCUUCAUCAUCAGUUCUUGUGAACUCAGCAGGAACUGUUUCUACUCCGCCACCUAGUACAGUUUUAAACAAAACAGUUACAUCUUCGUCAAAUGUGAGUAGUGCUAGACCACAGCCUUUGUCCCCUGUAACCUCUGUAAGUAAUUUAUUAACACCACUAGUUAAGGCUAGCCAGAGUGAGGCAGGAAAAGUCAAGAAUGCAGUUUCAGCAGCCACAUUCCCGCAGCCCAUUGCCUCACCCACCAUUUCCUCAACAGUUCACCCUUUGUUAUCAACAAGGACACUAAGUGGAUCUACAAAUACUGCAAGUUCCCUCAGCUCUUUUCCACAACAAACUGCUGAUUCUUCUGAAGCAAAGCAAGAACUGAAAACUGUGUGCAUAAGAGAUUCACAGUCAAUUCUUGUUAGGACACGAGGUGGGAACACUGGAGUUGUAAAAGUACAGACCAAUCCAGAUCAAAGUUCACCCAGCAGUUUAUCUUCAGGUUCAGUUUUCACUUUCGCUCCUCAGCUUCAGGCAUUUCUAGUGCCAAAACCAACAACAACAUCAUCCUCUGCCUUCUCACCAAUUGCGGGAACAGCUACAACAUCUAGUCUCUCAUCUUUUUGCCAAACGUCAGCUUCUGCUUCAAAUCCAACCAGCUUUAAUCCACCCGUAGGGACAAGUAUCAAUCUUCCAUUAGGCCAUCCUUCCUGUGGUGGUAAUCUGAGUCACAUGAUAGAUAAAAAUUCACAGGUGCCCUCUUCUCCCUUGAAGUCCUCUGUCUCUUCUAAUACUCUACUACCAACGACAGCAAGUAGUUCAGUAAGUGUAAUUAGCCUGACAGCAGGAAGUUUUGGACAAGCCAGUGCAAAUGUCAUCCAUACUAAACAGCCACAAGUAGAUCACGUCACAAAAAAUAACCCUGUAACAAGAUCGGAAGCAGCAGCAGCAACAAAUGGAAAUGUGAUCAAUGGAACUCCGGUUCAGAAACUUAGGCUAGUGUCAACUCCGUCUGCUCUUUCUUCUGGCGGCGGGACUGCAAUUAAUGUGACCCCUGCACCAACAUCUGCAGGCGUUUCUGCCCAGAAAUUCGUUUUUUUUAAUGCCCCAAUACCCAGUGGCACUUCAACCCCUACUGUUGUGACAGAAUCGUUGAUAAAAACUCUUCCUUCUCCCUUGACUAAAACAUACGUGAAGACUCCAGAACAACCCCAGAUCGUACUAAUUCCAUCUACAGUAGGAACACCAAUAAAAAUAAAUCCAUCCCCAACUGUGUCUCAGAUCAAAGAUGUGAAAGUUGGACUAAACAUAGGUCAAGCAAUUAUUAAUUCUUCAGGCACUGUGCCGUCUAUCCCACCAAUUAACAUCCUGCAAAAUGUAACCCAAAAAGGAGAAGAAAAAAGUAACAAGGGCUAUGUUUUGCCAUUGUCAACAAGUGGUAAUUCAGUUCCAGUAUCAAAUUUCGUGAGUCAAAAUAUUACUCCAGUUAACGAAUCAGUGGUUUCUGCAGCAAGAGCAGUAAAUGUGCUCUCAGUAACAGCAGCAAACGUAUCUUUGGGUUCUCUUUCAGUGACCUCAACCUCUGCUUCAGUUGGGGCAGCACCUCCUGUUUUAGUCAGUGGAAACGAUACCUCUUCAAGAAUGAUGCCUAUUUUGUCAAAUAGAAUUUGCACAUCAAAUCUCGGAAACACUGUGGCUAUCUCAACUGUGAAAACGGGACAUCUUGCAUCAUCUGUUCUGAUUUCAACUACACAACCCACAGUGUCUCCUAAAUGUUUAACAUCAGCUUUACAAAUCCCUGUUACUGUUGCCUUGCCCACACCUGUGACUGUAGCCCCCAAAGUAAUCAAUACUGUUCCACAUGCAGCGACAGCGCCAGUGCCGGGAGUCACGCGUUCUGUAUCUCUUUCUAAAAGACAAUCUAGGACUUGUGUCCAGUUUCAGUCACCAGGGAUUUCAACUACAGUGCCAACAAAUAUAAACACAAAUAAACCUCAGACUGAAUUGCCGUCCCUUUCACUAAGUCCAGGUAAAAUAAUUAAUAUUUCUAAUUUUGCUUCUCUGCCAAACCAGCAAAUGUCUCCUGCUUUAGCAAAACCAUCGUCCAGUUACAGUCCUACUCCAGGUGGUUCUGCCAUUCACAGUGCUACAGCAGCAUCAAAUGUAACUAGUGUGGUAGGGGGUCAGUUUAGUGAACCUUACAUUCAGCAAAAAAUAGUCAUCAACACUAAUACACCUUUGGCACCUGGUACCCAGAUCAUGAUUAAUGGAACCCGGUUUAUUGUUCCCCCACAAGGCCUUGGGGCUGGCAGUCAUGUUCUCCUCAUAUCUACUAAUCCAAAAUACGGACCUCCCUUAAUUCUUAACAGUGCCCAAGGCAUCCAAGCUACACCUGUAGAUAAUCCUACCCAGAAGAUCACACUACCAUCAAACAAUUCCUUAACUGGGCAGCCUGUAAAACAUUCUCCAAAAAGCUCUACGAAAAUUGUAAACUCUCUUGGAAAUGCAAGUUCUUUACCCACAGUACCUACAACGCCACAAAUCAUAAACACAACUGCUAAAAUUUCUAUUCCACCUCCUGCACCAGUGGUAUCAAUGACUUCAGUAAUUAAGUCUCCUCCUGCUACUCUUUUGUCUAAGUCGUCUUUGGUUUCUGCCAUCUGCUCUAAUAAUCCUCCACUGCCGAGUAGCACUUCAGUGUUUCAUUUGGACACAUCUGUCAAAAAGUUGUUGGUGAGCCCAGAAGGCGCCAUUUUAAAUACCAUAAAUACCCCCGCAUCUAAGGUUUCUUCACUAUCUUCAUCUCUCUCUCAAAUUGUUGUAUCUGCCAGUCGGAAUUCUGCCUCGGUCUUCCCUGCUUUUCAGUCACCUGGCUUAGAGAAGCCUGACACAGCUGCGUCUUGAAUUUAGACUGAGCGAGCCAGUUUUUAAAUAAUGGGGCAUUGUUUUGACUCCCAUAAAAGUUUUAACUGUUUAUUAUACUGUUGAAAGCAUACUAUACAUAGUUGUGUGUAUGUGUGUGCGCGUAUGUGUGUGUGUGUGUGCGUGUGUUAAUGUAUCUUUUUCAUUAGCUUGCAAUAAAGGUUUUGUUUAGGGGAGAGAAAAAUUUGUUCCAUUUCACUCCUUAGUAUGAGUAUGUUUUCAAAGGUUGUUCAUUAAAAUAGAUGGUGAGGAUUUAACCUUUCUGUAUAACAUAAAUUGAGCAAAGUCAAGUUUGACUAGAUUGAGUAAGCUAGCCUCUCGCACUCUUGCAUUGAUGUUUUCAUUGAAUUUGGACUAUUGCAAUGUAUCUAUGAUAUGGUAUUCAGUGUCAUUAGUGAAAUAUUAUUUUUGUUUCUGUAAAAAUAUAUAUAUUUAUGCAUUAUGAAAAUGCAAUCCAUCGUGUAAAAUUGUACAUAUUCCUAAAUCCCUAACAACCUGUACUAAACUAUAUGUACAAAGAACUAUGCUGUCUUAUUUAUGUUUUGUUUACAUAAUGUAUAGUUUUUUAAGUAUUUUAGUAAUUUUGGACCAGUGAACUGUUAGCAACAGUGCAGAAGAAUCUGCAUGUAAUAAACUGAGUUGCUGUAUUUCUUUGGUUU